GUGCGUCCCGGCAUUCGUCCACGUCGUUACCGCUACGGACGCAAGCUUUUACAACAAGACAAGAAGUGCAAGACGAUGCUCGACGUCGUCGAAAGCCUCCCGCAACUGAGCUCGCUCAAAGAAGCCAUCAAAGAUUUACCGAAAAUCCGCGACGCCCUGAACAACUCGACUGCCCAGGACACGUUUUUCGCACCAUCGAACGAGGCCAUCGCAUCGUUGACGCUAUGGGGCGGGUUCGAUGAUUUCAAACGCGGGCUCGAGGGCAUGUUUUCGUCCGACGAGAUCAAAGCUCUGGUCGUCGCGUAUCACGCGAUUCCGGAUCAAAAGUUGAAUUGGGGUCAACUUCGCGCCAAGGCGGCAAAGGGUGAGUUCUUACCCACCGCUCUUUCGAAGAUUUUCCCUGAUUCCAGCGCCGCGCUGGAGGUGAGCUGGUGGAAAGGGGACAUCUUUCUCAAGGGCGUCGGCUCCGAGGCUAAAAUCUCCGCCGCCGACAUCCCCGCGUGCGGAUCCAUCGUGCACGUGAUCGACGGCGUCUUGCUCCCUCUCGAUGGCGACGGUGAACUCUCUGACGAACAAAAAGCCCGCAUCGAAGCCGCGCGAAUAGCUUUGGGCGGCAAAGAUGAAGAACCGGGCGACGCGCCCGCGCCCGCGCCCGACGCAGCGCCCGCGCCCGCGCCCGCGGAAGUCUUUCCAGACGACAUCGAAGAGCUCGACGUGGACUACCCCAUGGAAGACCAGUACGGUGAGGCACCCGCGCCCGCACCCGCGCCCUAG